CACACACAAGAGCUCAAAAAACACCAAAACAACAAUGUCGAAAAUCUCAAAGGCUUCUUCUCUCUGUUUACUUCUUCUCGUCUUCUUCCUCUUCACUUCCCGACCCGCACUCUCACUCCGUGGCCCAAAACUUCAAUCAGAACCAAAAUCAGCUCAAAACCUAAUGGAUGAUUCGUCUUCAAUGAACAAGAUCGACUCUAAAAGUGCAAACUCCAUGAUUGCUGGAUUCUUCAGUCACAAGUUUCCAUUAAGGGGAUGGCCUUUCCCAAAGUACCCACCUUUCACAAUGGUUAACCCUAAUAUUCCAACAAACCCAUCUGGAGCUCAAGAGGAAUCCGUAAAGUUACCUUCUUCCCCAAGCAAAGACAACAAAGAUGGAGGAAACGCUUGAAAGAUUGGAGUUUUUUUCUUGUGUUUGAAAACAUUUAUAUGGUUUUACAUUGCAUCAAAUAAAAAAUGUACCUUUAA